CUUUCAAAUAUUGUCUUCAGGUGUUCUACUUUCCACAAUUAACAGAUUUAAUUAUUAAACCAAUUAAAUAUUAACAUUUGUUUUUUGUAGGAUAGCCUAUCUAUUUACAGCUUUCUAAGCUUGUGGUCAUGCCCGGAUCAUCAAGCUACAGCUUUCCUACUAUUUCUUAAAUUCUUUUUUUAUUUUCUUUUUGGUUGGACCCCCAGUUGUAUUAUAUCCUCAGAAUGCCCAUUCAUUGUGGUGAUAACCCCAGACUGUCUGCUGAAAUGAACAAGAGGGAUAGUGAAAGACAGAGGUACAUGGAGAAGAGAAGAGAAGAGAAGAGAAGAGAAGAGAAGAGAAGAGAAGAGAAGAGAAGAAAGAGCAAACCGCAGGAUGUGGAAAAACAACUCUUUGCAGAAUCCACAGAGGCGUGGGAGUGGCCAACAGUGGUGCUAGGUUUUAAAUCCACACGUGGUCCGGGUCUUGGGCUUGUUUAGCACCCAUACAUAACUAGAAACUUCUGACCAUCUCAUGCCAGCGAGUUGCCCACGUCUAUCGCGGCAGGGGCAGACGGGAUCGGACGAAGGUUUUGAUAGCUCAGCAAAAUGCCAUCUUAUCCCCUGAACCAGUUUGCUGAGCUGGAAGAAAUGAUGUGCAAGCAUUUACUGAAUCUCAAUCUGAGGGAGCCGAACAGAACAGUGCCAUCCCUAAGUCUGGCCAUGAGAACACCAGGUUACAUCGGCGAGCCAUGUCGAAACACUUCAUUUUCCCUCUCCUCCCUGUCUUGCCUGCCCACUAAUGCUUCGGACAGUGCACUUCUGACCUCCAACCAACGGGGACAGCAAUCAGAGAGUGAUCUACUUUCCCAGCUUGGUAAUUCCACGCAGUGGGAGAAGCCAGGCUUCUUUUCCCAGCGCUCUCUCAGCAUGGUAGAGACCAGUGGUGCAACAAGAGCAAGUCUAGGCUGGCCUGUGACAGGCACAAAAUCCUCCCAAAGUGACAUCAGCUCCGCCACACUGAACACCAGUUCCUCCUCGUCUGUGUCUGCCUCCUCUUCGUCGCCGCGCUAUAAAACCGAACUGUGUCGGUCUUUCACCGAGAACGGCUUGUGCAAGUAUGGGGGGAAGUGCCAGUUUGCCCAUGGGCCAGAAGAGCUACGUGAUCUAAACAGACAUCCAAAAUAUAAAACUGAGCUGUGCCGUACGUUUCAUACCAUCGGCUUCUGCCCCUAUGGGAUCCGCUGUCACUUUGUUCACAACAGCGAGGAAGAAAAGAAACUUUCAUUCUCUCGUUCUUCCUCCUCAAGCCUUCCUCAGCAGCUGCCCUCCACCUCCUCCUCCCGCUCCCAUCGGCCACGUCUUAUCCGGCAGAGUUUCAGCUUCUCUGGGUUUCCCUCAGCUCCCCACCAGGCCUUUCAGUCUGCCCUCACUCCUCAUGUUUCUCUUGCCACCACCUCAUUCACAUGCCCACCAACGGCCUCUUCUCCUUCCUGCGCAGACAUUACUGAUCUUCUCUCCCAUGCCUUUCUAGAAAUGAACUCUGCCUUUGAGGUCUCCCCCGCUCAGCAGCACCAUCCUCCCGUGGGUCCAGAUCCCAGGUCUCCAUUCAUGCCCUCCCCUGACUCCGGCUAUUCUCCGAGUGGGUUAUCUCCAACGAGCUCCCCUUCCUUACAGCAGAGUCCCAGUGCUGCGGGGGUCCUUUCAGGGCCACUUGGUGUUAGAUCCCUGUCCCACACUUCUCUCUCAGACCAGGACCAGGAUGGGAUCAGCUCUGCUGGUUCACUGAGCGGCUCCGAAUCAUCUGGUGGCAUUAACGAAGCUAACGGCAAACGUCUGUUAGUUUUCAGUCAGCUCUCUCUUCCUGAGGAUGCCACUGGGUUCUGCCUUUAAGCUGCAGAUUGCUGGAACAUGUGUACAUGAGUAUCCAUACGCAGAAUAUCCACUGCGCACGUAGCCAUACUUAAGAACACAGACCCUUAAACGCACACUCCCCGCUCACACACUGACUGACAACUAAGACAUUUUUAGCAUUCUGUGUGAAAAAAUGACUGGGUGACCUAACACGCUGUCACACUGCACGCCACUGUCAUUUGCACAAGGCACAGUGAUGCUAAAACUCCAGUUUGUAUGUGGCGGAUUCACCAAAACGGUAUAUCUCAAAACAGAUGUUUUAAUGGUGUCCUUAAAAACCUUUUGAAGCUUUAUCAAAAUGAUAUGCUAGGAUGGCAAAGUCCAACAAAGAAUUUUGUAAUCACAGUGUGAAUUUAAUUUCCUCCUGUCAGCAUACUGCGACAGAUCUAAAGAAUGUGAGAAAGCCAAAGACAUCUGUUUGUUGCUCGUUCGUUUCAGUAGGACAAACACGAUGUGACGGUAUGUUUAGGAGUUCUUCCAUCUAAUGUACACUGUAUUGUUUAUGUAAUGUUUAUAAGCUCGUGAAGUAGUGUUUUUGUUUUUCGCCCUUCCCUCUUGUGGUUGUACCAUCUGGGGGCUGUGUUUAGAUCGCUGGCCUCGAAUCUGAAUGUUACGUUUUUAAACAAUGUAUACCUGUAGUGUUAUUUACCAGGUCUUGUUACGUUGUUGAACCAAGAUUUGCUGCUGUGUUUGGAGAGAUGCGAGCAUGGGGUGAGAGUCUUCUUUUAUAUCAGGAGAGUAAGCUAGUGUGAGCGGAGGCGUUGCGUUUCUGCGGCUACUGCAGAUGCUUUUUGGGUUCUCGUGCAUUAUUGACAAACCUCAAGCAGUCAAGUGUCAAUUUGCCAAAUUUAAACCACUCUGCAGCAGAGUGAAAAGUGACUCAGUCAGGAGAGCUUGGGUGCAUAUGGGUUCAUAUUGCACGGUUGGGAAAGCACAAGGUACCAGGCGCUGAAUAUCCAUGCCGGGAGCUAGCCAAUUAGUUCGAUAUGAAUUGAUGAGGUCAGAGCUUGAAGCCAGGUGACUAUUUUCUGAGAAGUUGUCGUUUGUGGUGCUGAAGUGUUCGGGGUUUUCUUUGUUGUUUUUGUUUGUUUGUUUUUUAUCUCAAACACUCCCAGUAAGUUUUUGUAAAGUGAGACUCUCACUCCGUCACUCAAUCUCUCUGUUAUUCAGUAUUAAUCUUUUUUUUUCUCUUUUCUGUUGAUGCCUUUGUUGUUAAGACUGAAAAGUAUCCUGGUCACAUGCAUGCGUAAUAUGCUCCCAGGUCUUUUUUUUUUUUUUUUUUUUUUGCCUUACGAAGCUAGAGUCAGCCUACUGUAGGGUUAGAGGUAUGUGUGCUUAGUGUUUUAGAAAAUGUUACUUGGCUGUUUAUUGUUUUUUCUUGUGUUAAUGAUGUAGUUGGUCUAUUUAAAAACAAAAAACCCUUUUUCAUCAGCGUGUUUAAGGCCUGUUUAGUGGUAAAGAUGAUCUUUAGUAAAUUAAUUUCUUUAAUUUAUUUUUAACAUAUUUAUAGAGGACUUUUGAGUUGUUAAUGCUUGCAUCAAGUUUAAUAUAUUUUGCUUUUUUGUACUGGAAAUAAAGGAGUUUGUUUUUUUUUUAACUGUCUUUCUUUGACUUCUGUUUGCCACCUGCAGGUAAAAAGUGAAGAUUUUAACAUUUGAUGUGCAAACUGCUUUUAUUGAAUAAUGCAGAUGUUUAAAAGGGAGGGGGUUUAAAUAUAUGCUAUGCUGGCGUUAAUGUAGCGUUGGCAAAAAGGCUCACAGGAUGUAAGGUUUUAGGUGCAGGAAACCAGUGAACUGUCAUUUCUGCUUUUCGUUUAUCACAUUUCCCCAGUGACCUGUGCCGUUGAGGUUAACCGUAUCUAUACAAUAAAAUAAUUCCAUUUGAGCUCUAAACCUCAUUCAUGAAGCUCAUCUCAAGUUUAUUUCCUCUAGAUGGCUAACCUUUAAAGUAUUCAUGCAGUAGUUUACACUACACAAGUAUUCCCUAUACUUCCAGGAUUAAGAAGUAUUCUGUGAUGCAGUCUCAAGGUGAAGAGUGUGAAAGCAAUACUGAUGAGAGCCUUUGAAAUCCAGGAAAAGUCUUGGCUUUUUAUUUUCCCUACAAAGCUUAGCCUUCGCUUCUUAAAGGGAAAAGUGAUACUUGUGGAUUUUAAAAACUCAGUGGCUGCUGGAGUCUGAAGCGAAGUCUCGGGGUUAAAAAUGAGGAAAGCACUGUGGUCUCUCGCAUCCUCGAAGUUCAGGUGCAGCAGUGUGUUUCUGGCAGCAAAUUUGCAAAUCAAAAUGGAUUUAAGCGAGUUUGGCAGUGCAGUCAUGGCUGUCCCGGCC